GAGGAAGCGGGGGAGCUAGUGCGAUGCAGCCGCCGGAGGCGAUGGGCGCGUCAUCGUCCGCGUCCGGUGCCCCGCGUCGGCGGAGCAUCGGGUGCAUGGCCGGCCUCCUCCGCCUGCUCUCCCCGUACCACCGUAGUCAUCAACGGAAGCGCCUCACCGCCAAGAAUGCCGCUCCGGUUGUCUGCACUCCGCCGCCGUCUCCACCGCCCGUCAAGAAGAAACUGCCGGUGGUGGCGACGCCUUCGCCUUCGCAGGGACAGCAGGCGCCGCAGAUGCAUCCAGCGCCGACUGCGCUCCGGCGACGGCGGUCCUGCGACGCGCCGCGGAGCCCGACGAUCGCGCCUGAGCACCGCCGGGCCAGCUGCGACAGCCCCCGGCCGACGCCACCGGCCAUUGUCGCCCGCCUGAUGGGCCUGGAGGAGUCCGCGCCGCCUUCUCCCGCCGCGACGACGCCGCGGCCAUUCCCGACUAAACCCCCUCCCCCUCCCCCGGAGACCGCGGCAGAGAAGCGGCGGAAGCUGCUGGGCGCACUAGAGAAGUGCGACGAGGACCUCAAGACGCUGCGGCGGAUCAUCGCCGCCGUCCGCGCCGCCGAGAUGCAGGCAGCCGCCGCGUCCGACGUCCCGACGCCAGAAGCCACAGACAAGGGAUCAUACGACCAGUGGAAGGACGGCCGUGACGCCGAUCCCUCGCCGUCGCCGUCGCCGUCACCGCAGAAGCCGCGGUCCGAGGAGCAUUACCCGAGUCCUGACUCCGUGCUGGACGCCAUCACCUCCCCGAGAUUCCCAUGCAGGAAGCGGUCGUCUCCUUGCACGGAUCUCGAUGCAGAUCGCAAGCUCAGCAGCGGUAUUGCCACCGUCGGAUCGAAGAUCGUGAAGCCCUCGCGCACGCUUGUUUUCUCGGGUGACUAUUGCAAGAUCAGACCAUGCAACGAGUUGCACGCCGUCGCCAUGUACCACCACCCGGUAGUGGCCAUCGAGGCCAUACCAAGGUGGAUGCCGCCUCUGCUCCCGUCGUCGGAGAUCAUCAGCUGGCGGCACCGGCGGCGGUGGGGCCUCGAGGCGGCGGCAUCCGGGCGGAGCCGCGCGAUGGCAGAGAGCGUGGGGGAGGUGUGGGGGCAGGGCGCCGACGAGGAGCGGCACGAGGCCGGGCGUGUGGGCGCGGCGUUGGAGCGCGCCAUCCUGCACGACCUGGUCGGAGACGUCGUCGCGGAGCUGCUGACGCAGCCUCCGCCGCACCCGUCCUCGUCCGGCCAUGGCGCCGGCGCCGCCAUGUGCAGGAAGAGGCUGGUCUUCUGAGCAUAUGCACGCACCUAGCUAGCUACAAUGUGGGGAAUGGAAUUGAAUCGCUACAGCUACAGCUACAGCUAGCGCGCGUGCGAGAUCUCCAUCUCCAUGGGUGUCAGCCACUGACAAGCCCCAUGAUCCGGCUCAUCAUACUCGCCUUGAAAGAAAGGAUUCGCGACGCAUUUGGCGUACGCCGUUGUAGGUGGAGCGCAAUAAAAGUGACGCAAAGCUUUCAGAAAAUAUGGGAACGGCCCCCUGUCACUACCACUGUCCCUAGUCCCCACCGAUCGAAGAGGCGACUGCCCAGCAAGCAAGUACUCCUAUGCGGCUAUACGCACAACAAUAUUCCAGCUAGAAUGUUUAAGCUAGCUGCCAUGGUCGUGAUAAUUAGUUGACCUGCAAUAAUUGGAGUGAUCAGGAAUAUUACAUGGGAGUUAGCAUGCUUUAGUACCAUUCGAUGAAUGGUACAGUACAGUUUUGUCUGGAUUUCUGAAUGUUCAAUGGAGAUUAUCGGUAUAUAUACCUUUCUGA